UCUAUCGCUGCAUGGUGAAGGAAAGAACAAGAGUAUGUGUGUUUUCUCCAGAUCCUGAGCAAAAUUGCACUACAUUUUCUGCACGUUGUUAUUUGUCAGUCCAUUCUUUCUCGCCCAUCUGCGUGGGACUUUCUCCCAUCUGGAUCUGGGCGGUGGAUAUAUGGAGAUCUGCUAGUGUGGCUGGUGUUCUGUGGACGUGGGACACACGAUGGCCGUGGCGCUGGAUGCAGUUUGGGUGCGAGUGAAAGGUGUCUGCAAGCAGAACGGCCUGCUCAUCCUCUCAGUGUUGGCCGUGGUUAUCGGAUGUCUGCUCGGCUUCUUCCUGCGCUCCAAAAACCUCUCGGAGCAGGAAGUGAAAUACUUCCAGUUUCCUGGAGAGCUGCUGAUGAGGAUGUUGAAGAUGUUGAUUUUGCCUCUGGUCGUGUCAAGGUAAGAAUGCUCUCGAUGGACAACAAGCUGAUUCUAUGCAUAUAGAUCUUAAUUCCUAGCUUGAAGAGUUAUAUAUAUAUUUGUGCUACACUA